AUCGGCCCGGUCUCAAGCAUGACAACUCCCAAGGCCUCCAUCGACAUCGCUCUAGACGUCCCAGGGGAGGUCUGCUCGACAACUUCGCAGCCCCUGGACGUUCAGCAGAUAGUCCAACCUGUAUUGGAUGACGCUGCAGGCGCUACCACCGUCUUCAUUGGUAAGGUCGACUCGCUCUUAGCUUCUGAUCUCCUUAUACUGCCUAGGUACUACGCGAAAUUCAUUCAAAGGCUGGUAGCAAUCCAUCGGGGGGCACUACAGAAAAAUGCAUAUGUGUGCUGGGGAGAACCGUUACGCACCUUGAAUACCAAGCUUAUUUUGAAAUUGGCUAUCAAGACUAUGGC